AUGAAUUGGGAGUCGAAAGUGUAUUUCCUAACGUUGGUCCGAGACAAUCGCUACAAACUCUUUUCCCACCUGAACAAUCAGCUGAAUGACGCGGCCAAAGAGGAGAAUUGGCGGAUGAUCUUCGAACAGUGCGUUGCCUACGGCUGCAACGGGCUUCGGUCGGUCGAUUUCUUGCGAAAAACGACCUGGCAGAACCUGAGGCGUCGAUUUGAACACAAAUUCGAAAAGUCACUCAGUGAUCCGACUGUUGAGUUCGACCAGUUGGACGAGUUGAUCAGAGAGGCAUUGGGGCGUGGGAAUGAAAAACUACUCGACCGGUCGAUUUUUGAACAGUUCAAGUUGGAGAAUCUGGCUGAGAUUCAGAAUCACAGCCCCAAUAGUAUCUUUGCGCCACAUUUGGAUUUGAAUGCCAGUAGUUCAGAGGAAUCGACCCAAAUAACGACCAAUGACAUCCAUGACAAGAAGGAUGAGCUGCUGAUGAGUAUUGAAAGCUUGACCAAACAGGUGAGAAUGCCAUUUUUUGUUAAAGCUAUGGAAUAUUUUUGAUUUUCAUGACAUUUUUAUAAUUCACAAGACAUUUUUCUAACUUAUGUGACAUUUUAUUUCGAGAUAUUAAGUUGUCUCAUCAAAUUAUGACGGUUAUUCUGACUUUUUUUUUGAAAAAAUCCACAGGGGGGGGGGACCAAGCACAAUUUUUUAAUUUUUUUAAAAAUUUUGAUGAAAUUUUUUGAAAAUGCCAUUAUUUAUUGAAGCUAUGACAUUUUUCUAUCUAGCACAACACAUUAUGUUUUAAUUUAACGCUUUUUCAUCAAGUUUAUUACACUUUUUACAAAAACGUUUUGUUGAAAAAAGUCCACAGGGGGGACCAAGUUCGUCUUUUUUUUACAAAAAAAUCUUUGAAAAAUGCUAUUUUUUGUUAAAGCUAAAAAAUAUUUCUGGUUUUUAUGACAUUUUUCUUGCUUAAAUGAAUUAUUUAGGAUAUUGCAUUUAGGUAUGGCAUUUUUUCACAUUUUAAUUUGGAGGGACCUAGUUCGAAUUUGUCAAAUUUUUUAAAAUCAACAAAAUUUUUAAGUGUCACUUAAAUUUUUUUUAAAAAUGACAUUGUAUUGGAAAUGUCUAAACGUCUGAUGGUCCCUUUUUGCAGGAAUCAUCCUCAAUUUGGCCACUGCCAACUAACUGAAAUUGGUUGCCUAAAGGUUUUUGGGGGUUUCUUUUACCCUACCCUACCCUACCCUACCCUACCCUACCCUACCCUACCCUACCCUACCCUACCCUACCCUACCCUACCCUACCCUACCCUACCCUACUCUACUCUACUCUACCCUACCCUACCCUAUCCCCCCCCCUUUUUUUUAUAUAAUGACAAAGUAAUAUUGUGGGUCGCGCCUAAUCUAAAUUCAAAAGGGUGGGGGAGGGGGGAUGGGAGAGAGAAACAAGGCGACUGACUGUUUUUAGAAGAAAAAACGAUUUUUUGUCAAAAUAUUGUUUUCACACACCGUUUCAUCGCUUUACUGAAGGCAGCCGGCUGGUUCUCAAAACGGAUUCACAAAAUUUUGUUUGAAACUGCUUGAUUUGGGGGGGGGGAGUGUUUUUUUCAAUUUAUGAGGGUGUAGGAUGUCUUAUAUUUUAUUAAUUAUGGUUUAUUUAACUUGGAGGCACUGGGUUAUCUUCUUUUUGUUUAUUACAACGUGCGAUUGGAAGAACUUUUUUUUCCAAAAUGAAUAAUGGCAAAAACUUUCUUUACAAAACGAAAAAAUGGCAAGAACUUUUUUUCCAAGAUUUGAGAUUGCAAGAACUUUCUUUCGGAAACGAAAAAUGGCAAGUACUUUCUUUACACAGCGGAAAGUCUUAUUUAUCGUAUAACUUGUAUCCUGCAGGCUGCACCAGGCUUAAUUUUUGCCUUUUAUGUAAGAAAUGGCGAGAAUUUUGUUUACAGAAUGAAAAAUGGCAGGAACUUUAUUUACAGGACUUAAAAUAAUAAGAACUUUCUUUCCAAAUUAAAAAAUUACGAAGACUUUCUUUACAGAAUUUAAAAUGGCAAACACUUUCUUUACAAUGCAAAAAAUCUUGCCUAUCCUAUAACUUGUCACCUGCAGGCGCACCAGGCUUAAUUUUUGCUUUUUAUGUAAGAAAUGGCGAGAAUUUUGUUUACAGAAUAAAAAGUUGCAAGAACUUUCUUUACAAACUUUGCUUUUCUUGAGAUUUCUUAUCUUAUGAUCACUAUAUCCAAAUGACAUUAUUUAGCGUGUUCUUAGUUUCUUUACUAAUUCUUUAUUAUUUGAACGACCUAAAACAAUAUCUAAACCUCUAUUCUCUUCAGAUUCAACAACACAAAGAAGAGGUCGUGGACAGUUGCAACGAGGACCUCGAGGUUGACACUUCACCGCCGACGCUGCGAGUCGCGCCCAUCCCCACCCCGAACCCCGCAUUUUCGUCGUUGAAACGCCGCCGGCUGUCCCUAAUGAACGGUACCAGUAAUGUGGAGAAGAUGGAGUUGAACCAGUUGGAGCGUGAGAAGCUGAUCGCUCAGAUCAAAUGGCUAGAGGCUGAUACCGAGCUGAAGCUGGUGCAGAAGAGGAAUGCUGAGCUGGAGACGGAGAUGAAACAGCUACAGUACCUGAAACUACAGAAGGAAAGUCUGACUGAAAUGGGGCUGAUGUAG